ACAUGGCUAGUGAAGGAGUUCAGGAUUGGGAUGAGCCGCUACCUUCUUCAUCCACAAUCGAACCUGAAGGAGAAGAAGAGGAGCUAAUGGAGGACAAGAAAAAAGAGCAAGAAAAUAUGAAAAAGUUGAAACUAUAUGUCGCGCGUAUGGCGUAUAAGCCAUCGCCACCGCCUUGUGUUCGUCCGCGUAUCGAUCAAAUUGCUGCUGCGAAAAAGCGCAUAGUAGUUGGCAAUUAUGUUGAGCAUAGACAAAUAUUAAGCCCCAAGGAACGUCGUCAACGUGUCAAACGACUGGCUGGCAAAUAUAAUGUUAUAUCCACUGAACAAUUAGAACAGAUUAUAAAGAGUCAAAAGUGCAAAGAACGCAAGCGCGAAGACCUUUACAAACGUAAACAGGAACUUUACUAUGAAAUGCUCACCAAACUGGAGCGUCAGUGUCGCACACAAUAUCUCGACGUGUUAGUUAAGAAGUUUUCGAACUUCAUAGCGAAACUGGCAACCACAAUGCAAAUACCACCACAGCUGGUUGAGCCGUAUUCGCGGAUGCAACGCGGCAUUUUCUGCAACAUUUUACUGGCAAUCGGUGUACAACCUACCAGCCAGAAUGCUAUUUAUUAUAACUCACCUGAGGCAAAGGAGUACGAAAUGUGCCACAAGUUGGCACACGCCUUGCUGAGUCUUAUCAUAAAAGCGCUCGACUCAGCAUCCACUAAAAAUCCAAAUGAUAUUGUGCCAGAAGAAACCGACUUUGAAAUGGAUCACUAUAUCAAAGACCGAUUGAUGUGCGCUGCAGAAAAGAAAAUACUAAGCACACGGAAUCAAGCUCACCAAACGAAAUUGAAUCGAUCAAACUCACUAGCUGCAAUACUAAAGAAAUGUGAAAAUUUCAGAGUGAAAAAUUGUGCAUACUAA